AAAAACAUGGCUUUUUUGGGCCGCAUUUUCCGUCGCGGAAAUCACUUUCGUACUCUAAAACAGUAUGAAAACAUUCAAAUUGCACAAGCCAACCCCCAGGAUCUUGUGCAGAAGGUAGCUGUUGCUGAGGGUGGAAAGUAUUUCGUCGCCUGGCAUCCAAAACCAGAGUUCCCGUAUGAGUGCAGCAAGCCGCUAGAAGUUGUUACGCCCGAGAUCAACGCGAAUCUCGUACGAGAUGACAUAAUCAACAAAAGCCGCGGGGCUCUGAAAGCGAAACACCCCGAGUUUGUGCGGGAAGAACUUAGCAAAAUAACGUUCACGACGAAACACCGAUGGUUCCCAAGGGCGCGCGACAAGCGAGCGAAGAAAACACCAAUGGAUCGUGAAUAUCUGUAGUGUGGCAUGUGCGUUUACCGGCACAGUAGUUGUCCAUAAGAAUAAAUGCAUUCGAUCAUUAAUUUUA